AUGUCGGACGGUCGUCCCGUCGCGAAUAGCGUCUACUUUUACGCGCCUAACCAAGGCGCUUCCAUUUUUUUUGCCGCGGCUUUUGCCGUCUCGGGGCUGGCUCAUAUCGGCCAGUGUUUUUACUACCGCUCCUGGAGCAUCAGCAGCCUCCUCCCCUUCUUCUGUGCCCUCCUCACAGCGGGAUACGCCACGCGCAGCUAUGGCGCAUUCCACUACGAUGACCCGCAGAUUUACACGGCCAGUCUGCUGCUAAUCUAUGCCUCUCCCCCCAUCCUCGCCCUAGCCAACCACCUCACCCUAACCCGCCUCUUCUACUUCGUCCCCUACCACGCGCCGCUGCACCCCUCCCGCAUGGUCGUCAUCUUCUCCGCCCUGACCGCCGUGACCGAGCUGCUCACAAUCGCGGGAAUCGCCUACCUAACCGACCGCGGGGCACCCGAUAAAUCGAUCAGCGUCGGCGACACGCUCACGAAAGCCUCCCUAGUCCUGCAGCUGCUGGUGACGGUCGUGUUUUUCCUGCUCGCCGGCACCUACCACGCGGCGUGCCACCGCGGGAGGAUCAUGCGGAACAAAAGGGUCGCCCGGCCGUUGAUGACGGCGUAUGCGAGUAUGUUGAUGGUGUUUGGGCGGACGAUAUACCGGAUGGCGGAGCACUUUGGGGUGCCGGCGUCGCGGAAGGGGGUGGAUCCGAUGAGUUUGGAUCCGGUGGUGCGGUUUGAGUGGUAUUUUUUGGUGUUUGAUGCGGCGCUGAUGUUGGUUGGGGUGGUGGUGUGGAAUUUGAGUCAUCCGGCUGGGCACUUGCCUGGGGAUUCGAGGUUGUAUUUGGCGCAGGACGGGAGGACGGUGAUUAAGGGGCCCGGGUGGAAGGAUUCGCGGUCGAAGACGGAGACGAUUUUUAAUCCGUUUGCGACGUUGCGGACGACGGAUGGGCACCAGAAGAAGUUUUGGGAGUCGAAUGGGUAUCAGAUGGGGGGGCGUGUUCGGAGGGCAGGGGUGGCUUGA